UCUCAAAGCCCUAGUCCAUCUCUGUCAGUCCACAGUCCUCACGCCUACACGCUCUUUCUGCCUCUCGCGGUCUCGCCUUCUCUGUCGCCGACUCGCUCUCCGUCCCAGCCUACUAGACUCGCCGUCCCAAGCUAGCUGUCGCGACGUCUCCAUCGCCGUCCCAGCCUUCUGCAACUCAAAACUUGAAACUGCUAGGCGAAAAACAUUGAGUGCUCCUCAAAAUUUGUACUACGAAAUCCUGCGCAGGUCCAACUCUACCUCAACUCGAGCUUGAAAGUUCAAGCAAUCUGACUCAAACUCGAGCUCAAGCUCAAAAAUUCGACCUCAAUUGUAGCUCCAAUUUCUGUUGCCAGUGGAUCAAUGGGCGCCCAAUGUUGAUUCUCAGAGCAUAGCUUCCCAGCUCUUCGCUUUCUCCCUCUUCCCUUAUCUAGGUUUCCUGUAUUUCCUCACCAAGUCCAAGACCGCCCCUAAACUCACCCUCUCUGGCUUCUACUUCUUGCUUGCUUUUGUCGGUGCCACCACUCUGUCAUACAGUUCCAGCAGGCAUUUAUGCAAAGGUGAAGUCUGGAACUUCACUAUCCAAUGCAUAUAUAUUGAGAAAGAGAGAGGGAGAAGGGAUGGAUAAGGCUCUAGUGACGCUGGAAAAAGGCACAACAUGCUCGGCAUGGAAUUACAGCGGGCAGAGAUUAGCAUCUGGUUUGACUGAUGGAACUGUGGCUAUCUACAAUUCAAACGAUCCAGAUUCCUCAGUUUUUACUUGCUCUUCGAAAUUUAGGGUCCAUGAGACUGGUCUGAUCAAGAUUGUCUGGGUUCCACCAGAGUAUGGAGAUGGAAUUGCAUGUGUAUGUGAUGACGGAACUUUGUCAUUGUGGGAGGAGGUGUCAGAAGAUUUGGAGACAGUUCAAUGGAAGUUGUGCAAAUCCUUUGAUAGAAACUCAAGUCGUGUUUUGGAUAUUCAAUUUGGAGCCUCUCCCACUAGCCUGAAAUUGGUUGUUGCAUAUUCUGACGGCCAAGCAAAAAUAUUUGAGCUUCUAGAUCCUUUAAACUUGAACAAUUGGCAACUUCAGGCUGAAUUUCAGAAUGUCAUUGAUUCUAUAUCUAAAUUUGGGAAAUGUUUAUGCCUGUCUGCAUCAAUUGCUUGGAACCCGUCAAAGGGUGAAACACAGCAGUCAAGCUUUGUCUUGGGUUUUAAUUCUGAUAUCCCACAGUUGAAUUCCUCUAAGGUUUGGGAAUUUGAUCAAGAUCAUCAGAGAUGGCUUCCAGUUGCGGAAUUAGCUCUACCAGCAGAUAAGGGUGAUCAGGUUUUUGCAAUUGCAUGGGCUCCGAACAUUGGAAGGCCAUAUGAGGUAAUAGCUUUGUCUACUUACAAAGGGAUUGCGAUAUGGCAUGUUGGAUCAGAACCUGAGCCUGAUGGAAGGCUUACGGUUGAGAAGGUUGCACUGCUCUCUCCCCAUGAUAACGAGGUAUGGCAGUUGGAAUGGGACAUGAGCGGAAUGACCCUGGCUUCUACAGGGAGCGAUGGCCUUGUCCGAUUGUGGCAGUCCAACAUAGAUGGCAUUUGGCGUGAACAGGCAAUAUUUGAACCCACAAAUUAGUCUGCAUCAUCUCAUCACUGGAUGUGAUUAUGAUAGUACUAUUUUUUUUUGGGUGACAGAGGGAAACACGCAAUCAAUACCCUACCCAAGAGUCUAAUAGUACUAUUUUGUGAUAUGGUUCUUAACUUCAACUCAUAGACUUCAAUGUUUAAAGUGAUGUUACUGUACAUUUAUUCAUUCUAGUAUUGACGUAUUGUUAACUAAACUGCAAUAACAUAAUAUCCUUAUGCUUCUUCUCAUUGCUCAGAUGUCAUAAUUGUGAAUAAGGUCUGAUAAGAAAUUUCAUUA